ACAUCUGGAAAUAAUUGGAAAGAGAACGAGAGAGAGGCAGGCAGUUUUGUUCAGAGAUCGACUUAAUAAAGUUGGGUAAAACCCUCCAGGUGGACAAUUGCUUAAAGUCAAUACAAAGUUCUGAGUCGUGGACGAGGACAAAUUGAUUUGGGGACAGCGGGCGGACAACGUCGACCAGUGAAGAACAAUCGAGACGGAGACAAGAGAAGCCCGGCUGCUCCUGGGACCGAUGCCAAGGGGAGCUGGAAAGUAAAGAAAAGUAAAGACCAGAACCGGGGAGUGAAGAAGCAGGACGUAGAGACUCAGCUUCAGGAUGUCAGCGUCUCGAAGGUGUUUGUGCUGUGUCAAAUAUUUGAUGUUUGUCUUUAACCUCAUCUUCUGGCUAGGGGGAUGCGGCUUGUUCGGCAUUGGGGUCUGGCUGUCCUUCACGCAGGCGGAGUUCUCCUCUCUUCCCCUGUCGUUUCCAUCCCUCUCAGCGGCCAACCUGCUGCUGGUCGCCGGUGGCAUCACCAUGGUGACCGGCUUCCUGGGUUGUCUCGGAGCCCUGAAAGAGCAGCGCUGCCUGUUGUUCAUGUUCUUUGUGAUCCUUCUGCUCCUGGUCCUGACAGAGGUCACUCUGAUGCUGGUAAUACACAUCCUCCAUGACAAGCUGGAUUCAAGAGCACAAGGUGAAUUAAAGGAAGGUAUGAAGAUUUAUGAAUCGGAACCUGAACUUAAAAAAUCCUGGGACAACGUCCAGAAAAUGUUCAAAUGCUGUGGAGUAACGAACAAAACGGACUGGUAUGACGUGCUGAAUGGAACGCUGCCCUCCUCCUGUUGCUCAGUCGGGACGGUCCAGUGUGUGGACGGAUGGAGUGAGCCGUGUUACCAGAAGGCCAGGCAGUGGCUGCUGGACAACAUCCCCUCAGUCCUGGUGUUUGGAGUGUGUAUUGGUGUUGUGCAGAUCCUUGCCCUGUUGUUCUCCCUGCUGAUGUACUGUCAAAUUCUGUGUGCUGAGAAGAACCUGGACUGAGACCAGCUGUUCACAGGCCCCUGAUGAGGGUACCCAUCACUAACUCCUCUGAGAUCUCAAGGCCCUCAAACCCUCAAAAGCCCAAUCCAGACUGUUGCUGCGCUGCUCUGUGGUUUCAGGUCCAACACGGUGCUUUUGGCUAUAAAAUGUAAACUUUCUAAAAUGCUAAUGUGGCUCCAUCCAGCCAAUGGACACUAGCGUACGGACCCAGCCAGUACUGACAGACUGAGGGUUGAUUUCACCGGCACGGGGAUCAUUAUGACAGUUAUGCCAAAUCAGUGACGUCACACAGUGAAAUACGAUAACGCAAUGCGAGGGGAAGUACUGGGUCCGCUGUCAUGUCCCAGCAGUAUGUGUCUGUCCGUACUAGUAUUUUGUUUCCAGGCUCUGCGUGUAGGAAAAAGUAGUGACAUUUUCUUAUUGAUUCGGCUUAUCAUAUUUUUAACGAGAUGCAUUUUCUUACUCAGUACGGUCACUGACUAUUCCAAAGGUCAUUAUCGGGAUUCCAAGAUCUGUCCAGCAUGUCAACAAGAAACAAAAGAAAACAUUUUAUAAAGCACGGAGUUCACUUUCUUGAUACCUUUGAGCCUUGUAUGUAUCGCUAAACUGUAGGAGCACUUUGAACAUUCUGUGAAGUUCAGUGACUUUAGGUUUCUUUUAUUUCCAUUUGUUUCAUCUACUCAUGACAGCGACACAAUACUCCCAUGGUAACGCUCUCAUACACUCGUUUAUCCAACCUUUUGUAACAGGACCAUUUUCCAUUGGUAAAGUAAUACAGUAUCGACUAGUCAGGCCAGUACUGUACACUAAGUAUUGGUCCCUUCUGUCCCCGGCUGGGGGCGUGGCUUACGUGUGCGUGUAAAGAAAGGGGAGGCGGCUGAUUGCUGCUGUAAUCGCAUCACUUAUAUCGGAACAAUAGAAAAGCAAAGAACGAAACUAAAGGCUCAAAUCCAAAGAAAAUGAAGUUGGAUUAAAGGAUGGCCGCCCGGAUUCCUUUUGCAUGUCCUUUUUUUUAAAGAUGUUUCUGUAACAAACAGGUCAAAUAAAGAUGCUGACAAAACAUACUUAGUUCUUACAUAUAUAAAAAUACAUAUAUCUUGUGAAUAAAUAUCUGUCCUACA